UGCUCAGUAGGCACCUUAGCGCUUCUAAUGGCUGCUGGAUGACAAGGGGAGGUAGCCCGUUGUUCUGCGUCUCCGUGGGCAGCCUAAAUACCGCCAGGACCGAAAACAGUCGACUUAAAAUGGUUGAUUUCCGACUGGAGAUGCAACGUGAGUCUGAAGUAAACGGAGUAAAUUAGUGUUUAGCGCCGCGACCCUCAGCCAUGGUGCUGAAAGAGAAGCUGGAGGCGGUGCUGAACGUAGGCCUGCGGGUGCCCAGCAUCAUGCUGCUGGAGGUGCUCUACAGGUGGGAUGUCAGCUCUUUCUUCCAGAAGAUCCAGCGGAGCAGUCUCAACAACAACCCCCUCUUCCAGUACAAGUACCUGGCUCUCUACCUGCACUAUGUAGGCUACAUCCUAAGUCUAGUUCUUCUGACGCUCCCUCGACAGCACCUGGUCCGGCUCUACCUGUACGUCCUCACAGCCCUGCUCCUCUUUGCUGGACAUCAGGUCUCCAGGGACUAUGUUCGCAGCGAACUGGAUUCUGGGUACGAGGGACCGCUGUACCUGGAGCCGCUGUCCAUGAACAGGUUCAUCACGGCUCUGAUUGGUCAGCUAGUGGUCUGCACACUCUGCUCCUGCGUCAUGCAGACCAAGCAGAUCUGGCUCUUCUCGGCCCACCUGCUCCCCCUGGUGGCCCGACUGUGCCUCGUCCCCCUGGAGACCAUCGUCUUCAUCAAUCGCUUCGCCAUGAUCUUCACGGGCCUGGAGGUGCUAUACUUCUUGGCCUCCAACCUGCUGGUGCCGUACAAUCUGGCCAAGACGGCCUACCGGGAGCUGGUGCAGGUGGUGGAGGUCUAUGGGUUACUAGCACUUGGGAUGUCCCUGUGGAAUCAGCUGGUCCUGCCGGUCCUCUUUAUGUGCUUCUGGCUGGUGCUGUUCGCCCUGCAGAUAUAUACCUACUUCAGCACCCGUGACCAGCCCACCUCACGCGAGAGGCUGCUAUUCCUCUUCCUCACCAGCAUCGCAGAGUGCUGCAGCACCCCCUAUUCUCUACUCGGCCUGGUCUUCACCGUAUCGUUUGUGGCACUGGGUGUCCUCACACUCUGCAAGUUCUACCUGCAGGGUUACCGUGCAUUCAUGAACGACAACACCAUGCACCGGGGAAUGACGGAAGGCAUCACGCUGCUAAUCCUGGCCGUUCAGACGGGUCUGAUCGAGCUGCAGGUCAUCCACCGGGCCUUCCUCCUCAGCAUCAUCCUCUUCAUUGUGGUGGCGUCUAUUUUACAGUCCAUGCUGGAUAUCGCUGACCCCAUCGUGCUGGCACUGGGGGCUUCCAGGGACAAGAGUCUCUGGAAGCACUUCCGGGCAGUGAGCCUGUGUCUCUUCCUGCUGGUCUUCCCAGCCUACAUGUCCUACAUGAUCUGCCAGUUCUUCCACAUGGACUUCUGGCUCCUAAUCAUCAUCUCGUCUAGCAUCCUCACCUCCCUGCAGGUUUUGGGUACGCUGUUGAUCUACGUGCUGUUCAUGGUGGAGGAGUUCCGCAAGGAGCCGGUGGAGAACAUGGAUGACGUCAUCUACUACGUCAACGGCACCUACAGGCUGCUGGAGUUCCUGGUGGCCCUGUGCGUGGUGGCCUACGGCGUCUCCGAGACGGUCUUCGGCGAGUGGACCGUCAUGGGCUCCACCAUCAUCUUCGUCCACUCCUACUACAACGUGUGGCUGCGUGCGCAGCUGGGAUGGCAGAGCUUCCUGCUGCGCAGGGACGCCGUCAAUAAGAUCAAGAGCAUGCCCAUCGCCACCAGCCAGCAGCUGGAGCAGCACAACGACAUCUGUGCCAUCUGCUACCAGGACAUGAGAUCGGCAGUCAUCACGCCCUGCAGCCACAUCUUCCACGCCGGAUGCCUGAAGAAGUGGCUGUAUGUGCAGGAGACCUGCCCACUCUGCCACAGCCCGCUGAAGAGCCAAUCGCAGCCAGCCGCUGCAAGCCCGGCCGCGCAGGACGCGCUGGAGCCAGCCAAUCAGAAUCAGCGGGAGGCGGGGCAGGCGAGCCCGCCUGCCGACGUCGCCGAAAGGCAGGGGGAGACUUUAGACGGGGUGGACGCUGAUCUGGAAUCAGAUGGGAGUUCGCAGGUGUCCGCAGAGCCUGAGCAGGAUGUGCCACAGAAUGGGCCUCAUGCCAGCGCACGUCUUGAGCCUACGCCCAGCGUCGUGCGGGCUGGACAGUAGUCAGGAAUGUAACGUGGCCGCCAGUACUAUUAACAUGGGCCAACGAUUAAGAUCUCUGCUGUACGGCUUCCUGGUAGAUGCUAACCUCUCUCACCAUGUCUGUUGAGCCUCUCUGGGCUUUGUGUCCAUUCAAACUGUGCUCAUCAGCCUCACCCCUAACAUCUGGGUCAUAUUUACAUGUCGGGUUGCGGUUCCUUCAUGCUAAAGUGUGGAUUUGAGAGCGUGCCAGGUUCCAAAUCCGUUCGUUUCAAUGUGAAGCAGCCCCGUCGAUUUCAAUAUUUAUUUUAACAAAAGUGGGCUAAUCUGUUUUUCUCUGUCCAUUGCCGCUGUCAUCUAGGCUUUAGACAUUUUCACUUCACCCAGAGCCAUCCACGCAUUUUCAGGCUCUUCUCACAGUGUUGUGCUGAAAGCCACGCCCACCCAAGCCACGCCCGCCGCUACAGGUUCCCUCGCGGAUAUCUGGUUGGUCAAAGUUACGGCUGUUGAAAGGAAGGUGUCGCUUGAAGGGCCAUAUAGAACAGCUUGUAGGACGGGGGUAAACUUCAGUUAACCUGAAACGGUGACGGCAGUUGAUGUACAAGCUUUAAGCACGCUCAAACUAGCACGCUGUCUGUUGCGGUAGUUGUAUGAUUUUAUUUUCUUUUUUCCUUUUUGACAAUAUAGCCCCUGCUCUAGUAUUAAGCAAAUGCGUAUGCACUAAUGUUGGUAAUAGCAAUGCUCCAAAGUCUGUCUUUGUCACAUACCAAAUAUUUUUGGUUUGUAUGAGGAAAAUGAAACUACAGAUGUGUGUGCGUGCGUAUAUACGCCCAUACACAUGUAUAUACACGCAUAUAUCCUAAAAAGGGGUUUUGAUAUCCAGUACUUGCUGCAUCGGGCGAUGUGAAGUGGAGUGGAGCUCGAAUGAGCACUUCAAUCCGAAUUAGUGUGAAGAGCUCGCUCCCAUGGAUUCGGAGCUGGUGCAAGCAGAGUAAACGGCAAGCGAAUUUACAGUAUUAUUUGGCAUUUUGCAUCUGUGACAAUGAAUACACGAAUUGUAUGAACGCACUGUGUAAAUGCCACUUUCGUUAUUUUGUAGCAACUUGAUAGCUUUUGCACACUUUCUUAACGGAAACGUAAAAUAGCUAUGUGUAUAAAUUUUACAUUUUUUUUAUCUUUAGCAUUUGUAAUGUGGCGUUGACUUUUUUUUUUUCUUUUAAGAGACUAAUCCACGUUUUUGGAUACAAAUGAAGAUGAAACGUGCUCUGUGAAUGCUGGAGUUUUUCAGUUGUGGUCAAUAAAAUGAUAUUGAUGUCUCAUUUUUAUGACUGAAUGUAUUAAAACAAAAUAAACAUUGAAACCUUGUA